AUGGCGACGAGAAAGCGUCACAAGCCCCCGCGCGACGCCCCCGAAGAGGCUCUUCCGAAGCGAAAGCGCGGGCGCCCGCUAAAGGCCAAUUUUGCAGAGGACACAUGGAGCGUCGCUGCGCCAAAGAUAGCCGGCGAACAUACCUGUGGUGUGCUGCUUCUUGCUCCGGAGGAGCCUGCCUUGGAAGCUCUGCAAGCGUUCGGCGAGCCGGACUUUUCCGUGCGCCGAGAGCCACAGCAACUGUUGGCUGUGCCCUGCCCCAUGGCGCGUCCUGUGGUCGUGCGGGCAGCCGCUGAUAAGGCCAUUGACGAGCGAUUACGCGACCUCGCCAGGCGCCUUCGCCCGGACAGAGCGGCUGAGGCUGCCAGCCUUCGUGGCGAACUCCUUCGGCUGGCGCUGGACCAUCUGGGCUGCGACCAUUGGCGCCUGAGGGAGCAUUGUGUGAUGGCCACUCUGUCACUUCCCUGUGGGAAAGAGGAGAUCGAGGCAGCCACCACAGUGCGGGAAAGAUUUGUGUGCGAGGAGCUUCGCACCCGAAUGGACCUUGGAAUUACUGCCAGCUCUGCCCCCCUCCCGGGUGAGUCCAAAGAGGCCACUGCUCUGCGCGCGCUGCGGGACCAAUGUCGUCUCUACGUGCACGAAAUUUUCUGGCAGCAGGAAGUGCAGCUGCAAACUCGGCGCGAGCUGGGUGUUGGCUUGCCGCUCAGCUUCACCGACGUGCUCGGAAGCCACGUCUUCGUCUUGCUCCUGCCGGACGAGGUUGCGCAUCACGGCAUCAGCGGAGAUGGAUGCUCCGCCUUUGUGCCAGGGAAUCCUGCCUGGGACACCGGGUCCUGCGGUGGUUUCGGCAAUUGCCGGCGACGCUGCGCCGGUGACGCAGGAGGGAUGGUUCUGCUUCACAUCGCGGACGACCGGGGAAGCCUACUUCUGGAACGAGAUCACAAGCGAGUCUUCCUUCAAGCCGCCCUGGACUUUGCUCCCGGAAGGCUCCUUUGUAAGUUCCGGCAUUCGCAGAUGUGCUUGGAUAUGCCUGCCAUGAACCAGGACCAGGAUCAGGGGCCUCAAGAGGAGUUGCAGCCAACCAGUGACGAAGCGGAUCUGGUCCUUCACUGGGGCUUUAUGGCUCCACUCGUGGAGCUGGAGAAAGUUCGCAUAGCCCAGCGAAAGAAGGCAGCGCAGGAGCAGUUUCGCUUCCACCAGCAGCAGAAGCUGAACAAGCCGCCGGAUGCGCCCUCGCAGGUGGAAUCAGAAGAGGCUCAUGCGCCGGCAUUUACCUCUGGAUUGGCCAGCUUCCAUCUUUGGGCGCAAAGGCAACACGAGGCUGCCCAGAAGCCGCCGGCUCCGGAACCGGUGAAGGUGAAGGCGGCACCCGAGGAGCCCACCACCGUCACCAGCGCGCCAAGGCAAAGAAGAAGUCGAUUUGCAGAGUUCCAACAGAAGCAGCAUGAGGAGGAAACGUCGGAGCGAAAGCCGCCCAAUGAGGCGGCGAGCGAGACAGCCUCCGUAAAGACUGUAUCGGGCGCAAAGGCCCCGGGCGGCGCUGAUCCUUUCGCCAACUACGCCGAACGGCUGAUGGUGCAAGCGCAGGCGGAUCGGCAGAUCGAGAAAGCCUGGGUGCAUCAGCAGUUGAGUGGCGAGAGCCUGCCAGUUCACUCCGCAGCGACAUCUGCGCUGCCGGAGGUGGAGGACUCCGAAGCGGACUAUGUGGACAAGGUCCCAGCCUUGAACACGAUGAUCGCAAUUCUCGACAAGCAGGAAGAGGAGGACAAGGAUUUCGAGCGGUUCAAGCCCUAUCUUCCGGAACUCGGGGAGAAGGCCCCACGGAGCAUCGUCCCCGUGGCCAAGGACGGCUCGAACCCCUUCAUCACCCAGGCCGUCCAGGUCUUCCAGCAGUACUACCCUGACUUCGACCUCUCGGAUGCUUUCGGGGACAGCUACAAGUCUGUGCUGCGGGCGGCAUCGCACCGAGCAGCCAGGGGAGGCCGCGUAGAGCAGCUUCAGCUGAUGAACGUUGGCAUGGCCGAAGAGGAAAGGCGCCUGAAAGAGGAGCGCCGGAACCUCCUCAGGGACUUGCGACGGCGCCGUUACUUGCUUCAAGAAGGGCAGCGUGCCCUCGGUGUGAAUUUGAGCACCACAAACCUCUCCAAGGCCCCUCCCAGGCCGUUGCCGGCUGCAGCUGGGCAGGCGUACAAAGCGCCUCCGUCGGCGCUGCGACUCUCGCCCGGCUCACUUGGCGGCCCUGUGAACGGGCUGCUUUUCCCGGGCAUGGACUCCGCGGAGCCUUCACCGGAGCCUGAGCUCUGCUUCCCGAGGCCUCCUCCCGCCGAGCCGGCUGAAGCCACCCCAGCGAAGCCGCCAAGAGCGAAGCCGCUGGGUCUGACGGCCUCACUUCGGCUGGACGAGGAUGAAGGCUCUUUUUCCAUUGAAGACCUCACUGGCCUGCCGCCGCCGCCAGAGGUGCUGGGUGGGGGAUCUCGGCCGGCGCGUCCUGCAAAGACGACUCCGAGUGUGGCACCGCGAGCACAGGAGGAGGCUGACCGAAUCCGCCGAGCGGCGGAGCAGGCUGAACGCCUGGAGAGGCUGAAGGAGCGGAGAUUGCAGAAGGAGAAAGCCAAGGCUGUCGAGGCAGUGCGAGCGGGAAAGGGCGCUACGUGGGGGCCCAUUGCCUCGGCCCUGGUCUUGGAAGCCAUGCGGUCAAAGUGGGGCAUGGCAUGUAAAAUCUGGAACGUCAAGGUCCUGGAUUCGGCGCAGCUGGCAGCUUUGCGCGGAGACGUCGCUGCAUUGGUGUCCGAGGCCAGCCCCUGCUUCUUAGUGGUGGGGCAGCUGCAAGGCGUGGCCAAAAGCGGCGCCGAGGUGACCGCUGAUGAGAGUCGAGCCGUGCUGAACCAGGUCGCGGCGCUGCGUGGUGAGAUGUCCGCAUUGUUAGCGAAGCAGCAGCCAUCAGCCGAGGUUUCGCCGGAUGAUGCAACACGUUCCGAGCUGAACGCCGCGGUGGCACAGUUGGGCAAUAUGUGUGAAUGGACUUUGAAGUACAGCCAAGAAGCUGCAGGGGGACAAGCUGCCUUGGCUUCACGGCUAGUGGAGCUGCAAGAGGAGACUGGCGUGGUCGCAUCAGCGAUGCAUCGGCUGCGUGGUGGUUUGCAGGUUGACGUCGAAAACGCUUUCAAGCAAAUCAUCAACGUGCAGUGGCCUUGCAGAUCACCACAAGCCGUGUCACAACAGGGCAUUGAGAUGGAUGACGCCUUCGCGGCAAACGUGGCGCGUUUAGCGGCGCAUGGUGUGGAUGAGGUUGUGGCUAGAGCGGUUCUACAGCGAUUCGAGGGCGACGGAGAUGCUGCCCUGGACUUUCUGCUGGACACAGAUGAAGGUUGGCAAUUCGCUGCCGAGACAUUGCUGCCCAAGGAAGUCGUGGAAGCACUGGCAGCUGAACCGAGCGAUGUACGCUUGAAGCUACAGAAAGCAUGUGCAACUGGAUUUGGUCGGGACAACUCCGCCUUGCACCAAGUCGUGGCUGACAGUGAAGGAGGAGCAUCGAUCCGCGCAGCAAUCGUUCGGUGUAUGGCCGCCAAGUUCGCGGAUGUGGACACUGCUUCGGCACACGGGGACACGCCGCUGCUUUUGGCGGUGCGUGCGCUUUCUAUAGGAUCAGGGAGCUGCGACGACCGCCUCGCCGUUGUGUCGGAGCUUUUGGCACAUCGCGCCGAUGUGAACCUGGCCGACCGCGAAGGCGAGACGCCGCUCAUGGAGGCAGUGUGCCUUGAUGAUGUGGGAUGUGUCCGUCUGCUGCUGUCGGCUCGCGCGGACCCGCUGAAGCAGAGCGCGGCUGGUGCCGUAGCUGUGGACUUUUGCAGCAAGCCAGAGCUGGCUGAGCUUCUCAAGGCCGGGGACGGAGCCGCAGAAUCCGAGAAGGGUCCUGGACCUCAGUUCUUUCGCUUGGAUGCCGACGAAGCCGUCGACACGCCACCAGUGGAAAGAGGCGGGCAGAGUCCUGUGCCGGAGCCCCCGAAACCAUCACCAGAGCAGCCACCUCCGGCUAGCGAGACCGCCCACGAGGCGGAGGCGUGCCUCGCGGGCCGUCCCGGCGCAGACUCGGCGCCCACGAUGCCGGCGGAGCCUCCGCCCCUUCCCGAGGUCGACGAGGAGGCACCAGACGACAGCAACGGCGGCUUCAAUGCUGGUUCCGACAUGCCUGUCUCGCGGACCUUGACGGUCGCGGACGUGGCGACGAAAGCUUGUCUCGCGGGCCGGACGGCCGCAGACUCGAGGGCGACGGCGGAGGUUCCGGCGCCUUUUGAGCCCUUGGACGGCCGGGAUGCAGAGGCACCGGACGAAGGGGACAGCGGGUUGAAUGCUGCUUCUGCCGAAGUGCUCCAAGGAGCCGUGGCGCUGAUGGCCGACGCUGUCACCGCCGAGUCCUUCAGCCAACUCUUGACCCGACUCGCCGGGACGAAGGCCGAUCGUGAAGUGGACUUCGCUGCAGUCGCCGGGCGUCUGCGGAAGGAGGGCGACGUCGACGGUUUUCUCACAAAGCUGGUGGAGCUUCCUGCAGCGGGCGCUGCUGCAGGAUCGUUCGUCCGUGAACUCCUAGCGGUUGAUGGAGAUCCCAACGCGCGGAACUUCAUGGAGGAGAGCCUUUUGCUUCUGGCCUCGCGGGCGGCUGCCAGUCAAGACUUCCAUGCCGAAGAUCGCCUAGCAACGGUCCGUUGCUUGCUUCAGGAGCGGGCGAACCCGAACUGCCAAGAUUCACAGGGUGAGACGCCUCUGAUGGAGGCCGCCUGCGCGGGAGAUCUGGAGCUUUGCAAGGCCUUGGUGGAGGCAGAUGCCGACGUCGUCCACGAAAGCAGCUCGGGUGCGAGUGCCCUGCGCUUUGCAGAGGGCUAUCCGGAGGUGUCGAGGUUUCUUCGCUCCCGUCUACCGGAUCUGCCCCGCGCGGUGCCUGCGGACAACGCGGAAUCGGAAGCAGAUAUGCCGCCCACUCCACCCCAGGCACCGCCCACGCCAGAGGAGAGCACUCCUGCUGCCGAGUUUCCACCUUGGCUUCAAGGCGCGGAGGAUAGGCCGUUGGAAUCUCCGUCGCCACCUUCAAGACAACGUCACUGCAGACCUGCUCCGGCACUGUCUCUCCGAGAGGCUGCUACAAUGCACAGUCCCAAGGCCGUGUCUGCGGCCCUGGCCAAGCUUUCAUCCGGAGGAGGCGAGGGCCUCCUGAACCAGAGCGAUGCAGAUGGCUACACUGCGCUCCACUUGUGCUUGCUCUCGCCGCCGUUGUCGCAGGAGCGUCUGGCCUGCGAGGCGCAGGAAGAGACCGUCCGGCUGUUGCUAGCAGCCCGAGCAUCUCCCAAUUGUCCUGGACAAAAAGGUGAGGUCCCUCUUCAGCUGGCUGCUACCCUCGCGUUCAACUGCAAGCAGAUCCUUCGACUCCUGCUGCAGGCAAAAGCCACCGUAGACGGAGAUGCGACUGACGAGGAUGCGAUCCUCAGCCGCUUGCGGGCGCCCAAAGCCAAGACGAAGCUGCCUUCCUCAAGGUCCGAGCUCAAAGAUGCUGACGUGCUGUUACGUGCAGCAGAGGCACAUGACGCCACACGAGUCGCUGAGCUUCUGGAGUCAGCGAGGGAUGCAAACCUCGCCGACUUGGAGGAUGCAGAUGGACACCGCCCGCUGCACCGAUGCCUCCUUGCCCCUCCUUACGAGGGCAGAUGGUCGGCACUUUCCCAGACGAUGAAGGCCCUAUUGGCUGCUCGCGCCUCACCGAACGCAGCGAGUCGCGAUGCCGAGUCCCCACUGCUGCUGGCAGUCCGAAGUCUCGGCGGAGCAACCGGGGACGAAGGUCAGAGAUUGCAGAUACUUCGUCAACUGCUGAAGGCGGGUGCAGACAGCAAUCAGGGUGACCACCAGGACACGACGCCUCUGAUGGAGGCUGUCCGGGUCGGUGACGCUGAGGUUUGCCAGCUACUUUUGGACCGGGGCUGUGCAGCAGAUCGCUGUGGUGGUGCACGCGGUUUGUCAGCGAUCGACGCGGCCUGGCAGCCCGGGUCGGCGCCGGCCGUUCGCGCCGUAUUCGAAGCACAGGGCCUGAAACCUGCCGGGAGUCGCGAGGCGCAAGAAACCAACCUUGACGAAGCCCAAAGCAAGGUGACCCUGCGCCACGUGACUACGCUCCUGGAACGGACUGUUUGCGUGCCCGUGAAUGCCUGCAUCCGGGAUGUGAAGAAGCUCAUCGUCCGCCUCACGAACCGAGGCUCCUGGCGUCGUGUCGCCCUGUUGUCUGAGUGCGGCAGAGCACUGUGCGACAGCGACGGCUUGGGGGGAAGAGUACUGCUCCUGGUCGCUGAUGCCCGGUCCGUGGAAGCGCAAAAGGCGGCAGAGAAGCUCCUACCCGAAGAGGAGCGUUGGCCGAAGUGGAGCCAAGAAGAUCUCAGCAUCGAGGCAGCACGACGCGGUAUAGACCUACAGCCGUGCGGAGAGGCGCCGACGCGCGAGAGCCUCCUCGCCUGCCUCUUGCAGGUGAAGAAGUGGGAGUCGCAGCCUUCGGCUGAGCUCCGGGCCGAGGCACUCCGCCGCGGGCUUCCCGGCGAGUCCUCCCCGGAUCGGGGCGAGCUUUUGGAGCUGCUCUUGCAAGACCUCUGUUGGGAGCACAUGGGCCAGGAAGCGCUGUCAGAGGAGUGCAGGUCUCAAGGCAUCGCUCAGCCGGAGGCACAGGAAACAACUUUGCUGCUGCGCGCAAUGCGGAGCCGGCUGCGCCAGGCUCUGCGCUGGUCCACGCUGGACAUGGAGAAGUUGCGAGAGGCUUGCGAAAUGCGGCACAUGCCUACUGAAGGCUGCACUCGCUCGCAGCUCUUGGACGCCUUGAAGACUUUCAAGGUCAUGCCAAAGCCGAAACCGAAGCCGAAGCCAAAGCCCGAGACGAGGCCGCCCUCUAGGCCCACGCCGCCCCAGAGGCCUUCAACCGCCUCUGCCUCCUCCUCCUCCGCCUCCGGGUCUUCGCCAGUGUUCGACGAGGAUGGCUCGGUACAGUACCCUUCUUGGAUGACGGAUCGCGUGCGGCGGCUGUGCACGAAGUAUCCCAACUUCUCGGGGCAGUUUCUGCAGGAGAUGGAAGAUUGGCAAGACCAGGACGUGGAGAUGUACCUGUAUUCCAAUGGGUUCCUGAAGCCAGGGAAGAAGAAGGCACGACCCCGGCCGGCCGUGCCUCUCUCCGUGCAUUUCGCGGCCUUGGGCUUGGAGGAGUCCGCCUCGGCGGGCGAGGUUCGCAAGGCAUACCGGCGCCUGGCGUUGGUGUACCACCCGGACAAGAACCCGGAAGAUCCGGAAGCUGCCGCGGAUACCUUUCGCCGACUUGCAGAGGCCUACGAGGCCCUGGCGGCUCACUUCGCUGGUGCGGAGCAGACAUCUUCCGAUGUGGCCGGCUGA